AAGAGAAAGAAAAAGAAAGGAACCUUGUCUUCUAUACCACAUUCACUUAAGACAAAAAUAGGGAAGCUAUUUUUUAGCUUGAAAAUAAUGUUAUGUAUUCUAUGCUGCAGAUAUUCAAUUUUAUAUCCUAGGAAACACUACUGUUCUACUAGGAGGCAGUGUAAGUGUGAGUCCUGGCUCUGCCGCUUGUUGUGAGACCUUGGUCAAGCUACCCGACCUUGCCAACCCUUACCGUCCCGGUCCGUAAAAGGUAGUAACAGCUACCUCCACAAGCGAUUGAUCGAAUAAGGCUGACAACACAGCGAUGGCACGUGCCAAGCGCUCCUAUGGCACCUGUCAUCACGAGCAGCAGUUCAGUGAAGUUCGUAUCUCAGCGACUCGGUGGGUCAGUGCAGUACACGUAGAAGCACACUGAUGGGAAUGCGUAGGUUGAAUUUCAUUACACAGGUUAGUAUUAGCCAGGCAUUUUACUAGCUGGACUCUGAGUAUUGUUUACUCUCACUGUGUUUAAUUAGCCAAAUUCAAAAUUAGUAAUUCUGCGCUCAGGUUAUCUGAUUCUCCACAGCGCGGUCAGAGAAGACACUGCCUCUUGAGGACCGCAGACUGCAGCGUUUGCAGUGCGCGUUUGCUGUGGCGGAAGAGAACACCGACGUUCAAGCCCGGGCUCAAGCCACGAUCUCUCAAACCAUGAAGACAUCCGCAGCGAAUUUACAAAAAAAAAAAAGGCAGAGCAACACCGACAAGAAAGACGACCGAGGGGGCGGAGAAGAGGUAGAAGAUGUGGCAGAGGCGACAGAUAAAGGAGAAGGACAGAGAGGAACCCGGCCCCGACUGGGCUUUGAGGGAGGCCAGACUCCAUUUUACAUACGAAUCCCAAAAUACGGGUUUAAUGAAGGACAUAGCUUCAGACGCCAGUAUCAGCCUUUGAGUCUCAACAGGCUGCAGUAUCUUAUUGAUUUGGGUCGAGUUGAUCCUACUCAGCCUAUUGACUUAACCCAGCUUGUCAAUGGGAGAGGUGUGACCAUCCAGCCAUAUAAAAGGGAUUAUGGUGUCCAGCUGGUAGAGGAGGGUGCUGAUACCUUUAAGGCGAAAGUUACUAUUGAAGUACAGUUGGCUUCAGAACUAGCCAUUGCUGCAAUCGAAGAGAGUGGUGGUGUCGUUACUACAGCCUUCUGUGAUCCCAGAAGUCUGGAAAUUCUGUGCAAACCUGUUCCAUUCUUUCUGCGU